UGUGCGCUGCGUGUGUGUUUAUGUGCGUGUGUGUGUCCGUGUGUGUAAGUGUGUGAUGAUGAUGAUGGCGGAGCUGGUGCAGGGACAGGCCUCUGUGGCACAGCCCGGGAUGAAGGCGGACGGAUUCACGGACCCGUUCCACCGCGCGCGACAGAUUGCUAAAAUGGGGGGCGAGCAGAUGUCUCAUCUGAACAGCACACCUCCCGGGGUCGAAGCUUCUCUCUACGGCUACGGAGGCCACAAAUGCUCCCUGGAUGAAGGAGUGGCUAACCAGCUGGGAGCAAUGGGUCAUCAAAGGGCUAUAAUAACAGAGGAGUAUAAAGUGCCUGAUAAGAUGGUGGGAUUCAUAAUCGGACGCGGAGGAGAACAGAUCACCAGAAUCCAGCUCGAGUCCAACUGUAAGAUCCAGAUCGCUUCUGAGAGCGGAGGAAUGAUGGACAGACCCUGCACCCUGACCGGAACUCCUGAGAGUAUCGAACAGGCCAAGAGAUUGCUGGGGCAGAUCGUGGACCGGUGUCGAAACGGACCGGGCUUCCAUAGCCAGAUGGAUGGGAACAGCGCCGUUCAGGAGAUCUUGAUCCCCGCAAGCAAGGUCGGUCUGGUCAUCGGCAAGGGAGGAGACACCAUUAAACAUCUGCAGGAGAGGACAGGAGUAAAAAUGAUCAUGAUUCAGGACGACCCGACGCCCAAUGGAUCUGACAAACCCUUGAGAAUCACCGGAGAUCCGUAUAAAGUUCAGCAAGCGCGUGAGCUGGUCGUGGAGAUCAUCAGAGAAAAAGAUCAAGCCGAUUUCAGAGGAGGACGCAGCGACUUCGGCUCCCGGAUGGGAAGCAGCAUCGACGUGGCCGUGCCCAGGUUUGCGGUGGGCAUCGUCAUCGGCAGAAACGGAGAGAUGAUUAAGAAGAUCCAGAAUGAUGCCGGUGUCAGGAUCCAGUUCAAACCAGAUGAUGGGAUCAGUCCGGAGCGAAUGGCUCAGGUGAUGGGUCAGCCUGAACGAUGUCAGCACGCCGUUCACCUCAUCAACGAGCUGGUCCACACAGCACAGGAGCGAGAUGGUUUUGGAGGUCAGCUGGGGUCGAGAGGUCGUGGCAGAGGUCGUGGGGAUUGGAGCAUGGGCACACCUGGAGGUUUACAGGAGGUCACCUACACAAUACCUGCUGAUAAAUGUGGACUUGUUAUCGGGAAAGGUGGUGAAACCAUCAAGAACAUCAACCAGCAGUCCGGAGCUCAUGUGGAGCUUCAGAGAAAUCCUCCUCCCAACACCGACCCCAACGUCCGCGUCUUCUCCAUCCGGGGAUCCCCUCAGCAGAUGGAGAUGGCCAGACAACUGAUAGACGACAAGAUCGGGGCCAAUGGAAUGGGAGGAAACAGCAGUUUUGGACUCAGUCCUUUCACCCAAGGACCAGCGACUCCUCAUCAGAACGGUCCUCAGACGUUCAUGACCGGAGGAUGGGGUACCGCAUACCAGACGUGGCAGCCUCAGGGCCAGCAGGACCCCAGUCACAAUGGAUCCCAGACCGGUCAGAUGGACUACUCCAAAGCUUGGGAACAGUAUUAUAAAAAGCUAGGUCAACAGAGCCAGGCCCAGAGCAGCGGUCCGGAUUACAGCAAAGCCUGGGAGGAGUUUUACAAGAAACAGACUCAAGCGGCCGGUCCCGGAUCUCAGCAGAGCUCUCAACCGGACUACACCGCCGCCUGGGCGGAGUACUACAGACAGCAGGGGGCGUAUUACAACCAGGGACAGACGCAGGCUCCCGGCCUCCCGGAUCAUUAAAUCGAACGACUACAGGUCCUUUAGUUGAAGAUUUUUGAAUCGCCGCGAGGAGGAUGAUACAGACCUUUUGUAACAGAGGUUUCUAGAUUUGCAACGCCUUGAAGACUUUUACUUUUUUUCUUAGUGAGAAACACUAGCUGUAGAAUGACUUAUAUGAUUUAAAAAAAAUAAAAAAUAAAGCGAGCGAGAGAGAGAGAGAGAGCUAUUUCUAAAUCAGGACGUAAAAUUGUUACUAAAUACUUGUGUACACCAUUAUUUGAAUGGGCAAUUUCCGGGAUCUUUUUUGGAUCGUUUCAGAGUCGGGUUUGUUUUCUAUAUACUUCCUUUUUAAUUCAAUGAUUAUUGUCAAAACGAACCCGGGAGUUGUGACAUUUCAUCAUCGAUCGCGCAAUAUAAUCUCUUAUUUUUCUAGUCCUGUUGCAAUAAACCGAUUGUGGGCUUAGCAGUCUUGACUACGUUAUGGUUUGGUUUUGUCAUGAGAUGUUUUAAGAAUGUGUACAAAAAUAUGUUUUCUUUUUCUUUUACACAGCGCAUUUUAAUUCAGUGAUAUAAAACUGUGAUGAUGUUUUUGUUACAGAAAAUAUAUUCUUUUGUUACGCGAAAUAUAAAAGCGACGUUGGCAGUCGGUUCCUGAUGUAAUUUCUCGUGUUCUCUUUUUUUUUUCCGGUUGUCGUUGUAUUGUACUCUGCUUCAAAACAAAGGUGCAAUAUCUUAUUUCAGUUUUUUUGAAACAAAGACGGUCUUCUCUAAUAUUUUGACAACUUUGUAGAUCUUAGAGGUAUUUUUUUUAGACGUAUGGAUAAUUUUUUAUUACAGUGAUUUGACGCGGGGGGGGGGUUCGGGGGGGUCGGUCGGUCGUGGUCUUGCUCGUAUUGUGAGAUUGUGAGAUUUUUUUUCGCUGUCUUGUAAAACUAUGUAUGUAUGCUCAGAGACUUGACUAAAUACUUUAUUUAAAAUAUAUAUAUAUAUAAUUAAAUCAAAGACUUUUUUGUCCUUCAUCUUACAGGAAAACUGUCCCUGUUUUCUGUUUUCAUAUACUGAAAUUUGUCAAAGAUUGUGAAUGUGUCAUUUGAAAUUAGAUGUUGCAUCUUGCUGUGAGAUGAGAGAGGUUUUAUGUAUGUUCUUUAAACUUUCAAGCGUUCGAGACUGCUAAGCCCGUGAGAGCCUACCUGUGUAUUAAUCGUAGUUUUUUAUAAGUAUUCAAAGAUCAACAUUCUGUCUUAUUUGGUACCACGCAGCAGUUUCUCUGAAGCCCCGAGCAGUACACACUGUGGACGUCUGUACGGUCCCCAUCCAGUAACUUUUUAAUGAUGAUUUUUGUUUCUUUCUACUCUGUGUGAUCUAAUAUAUGUAUGAUUGAUUAGUUACAAAUUGAACUAGUAUUAACUUCAUUGCUUAAUGAAAAGGGAUAUUAUAAUUUCAAAAUGUUUAAUUUUAGUGUUUUCUUUUCUUCCUCAUGUGUACAGGUAACUCGUGUAUUAAAAAUAUCAAAAGAUGA